AUGAAUGUCAUUGCCAUCGGUUUCCAGGUUCAUACUCUUCGCCUUUCAUGUAAGCCCCGUGUCGGAGGAACCCCCGUACCACUUGGGGUGUUUAUAAACAGUGCUCCGACGAAAUCGCUGGAUAAAAAGCUCUUCGACGCUAAACCAGCCAUUCAACUCGCGCUAAACUACAUUCAAAAUCAUUCCUGCAUUCUGGACGGGUUCAAGCUCGAGCUGAUCUAUAAAGAUACGAAGUGUAAGACAUCACUGGGUAUGAAAGCCUUGUUCGACUUUAUCGCAUCUCGUCCACGGCCUGUAGCGUUAUUGGGAGGAAUGUGUACAGAGGUAAACGAACCACUGGCAAUGGCCCUCAAAUAUUGGCAGAUCGUCCAGCUAAGUUAUGCUGAAACUCACGCAAAAUUUGGUACUGCUGACUCGCAAGAGCUCUACCCUACAUUUUUCCGUAUCGUACCUGGUGACCGUAAUCUCAACAAUGCCCGAUGUCGACUCAUCAAUCACUUUGGUUGGAAGAAAGUUGGAACGCUCAAGCAGAGUGAUGAGCCUCGUCAUGCUCUGCCCCACGAAUCGCUAACCACCAAACUCGAGCAUGGCUAUGGCAUUAGAGUUCUCUACACAGCUGGUGUAACCAAGCACGAGAUGGACAACAUCGGCAACGAAUUGAAUGAGCUCAAGCAACGAGACGUUCGAAUUCUCGUCGUUGACGUCGCCGAGGACAUGGCAGCCAUCGUGUUGUGCGAAGCGUAUCAUCGUCAUAUGUACGGCGAAAGCUAUGUGUGGAUUCUGCCUGGUUAUCAUUCCACAGUAUGGAUGACCGUCAACACAACUAAUUGCACUAACGAGGAACUGCAGCAAGUUUUUGAAGGUCACUUCGUUGUGGAGUUUGCGCUGGUCAGGAAGGAUAAUAAGACCCACGUUAUAGGCGGAAAGCGAGCAUCAUACAUCUGGACAGAACUUAGCCGAGAAUCGCCAAAUAUUUGGCAGGGUUAUCUCUACGAUGGCUUGUGGACCCUGGCUGUUGCUUUGAGCCAAGCUUUAGGAGCUGAUGCAUCAUUCUCCCAUACGAAAUUACUUUCAGCCAUAAAUAACAGCUCUUUUGAAGGCGUUACGGGUCGUGUUCGAUUCGAAAACAAUGAAAGACUCGGACUUGUGGACAUACGCCAAUGGCGUAAUGGUGAAUAUGACGAUGUAGGUCAUUAUGAUGGUGCAAGUGAUAUUUUCGACAUGAAGGAGGAUUUGGGAGGCUGGGUCCCGCCACUGGAUGCUACCGUAAUCGAAAGAAAGCGCGAAUACAUCUCCAAUCUGCUAUUUAUUGUUAUGUCAUUCCUAGCACUGACUGGAAUCUCAGUGUCGCUAAUUUUCUUGUUUUUCAACAUAAAAUAUAGGGAUCACAGGUUCAUCAAGAUGUCAUCGCCAAACAUGAAUAAUCUCAUUAUCUUUGGUUCAAUGUUCACUUUUGCUUCUGUGGUGCUUUUUGGUAUUGAUACGAGAAUACUGUCUAGUGAUAAUUUCGUCAAAUUAUGCUAUGUGAAAACGUGGACGCUGUGCUUAGGUUUCACGCUUGCUUUCGGGUCGAUGUUUUCGAAAACAUGGAGAGUACAUUCGAUCUUCACGAACAUCAGAAUGGAUCGAAAAGCGAUAAAGGAUUCCAAGUUGCUUCUGAUCCUUGCCGGGCUUCUCUUUGUGGAUGUGCUGGUGUUAACACUUUGGGCAUUAGUCUCCCCAUUCCGUAUGUCUGUCAUGGAACUGCAACAGAUACAUAUCGACGACAGAGUGAUAGUACCUGAAAUCGAAAAAUGUCAUUCCAAAUAUUCUGCUGUAUUUCAAGCAAUACUAUAUGCUGUUAAAGGAGUACUUAUGAUUCUCGGCUGCUUUCUUGCCUGGGAGACGAGGCAUGUUAAUGUUCCAGCACUGAAUGACAGUAAAUACAUAGGAAUGAGUGUGUACAACGUUGUGGUGAUGAGCACUCUUGGAUUAUCAAUUAGCGUUAUUUUACAGGAACGCGUCAAUGAAGCUUUCGCUCUCGCAUGCUUUUUCAUUAUAUUUUCAACAACUCUCACUCUGUGCUUGGUUUUCGUACCUAAGAUUAUUGAACUAGUACGAAACCCAGCUGGAAGUAAUCCACGAGCAUAUCGGCGUGGAAUGAUGAAAUCCGUUGUGGCCAAAGAAAGUCUCCGAACAACGACUAAUCAGAGCAUAACGGACAACUACAAAGAUUUAUUGGCAAAGGCAGAAGCCGAAAAUCAACUACGGCGGCGAUAUGUACAUCAGAAAAGCACACAAUUAUGGGACUUGCUCGAAAAAUUACGUGAACUAGGCGACACUCAAUUUUUACAACAAGAUUGGUGUUUUGCUAGUGGCAUAAUGCCAUCUCCAUUGCCAGAAAAAGACAAAGCUCCAUUGAUACCGGACAAGAGAAAUUCUGCUAAUGGGCCAGCUCCUGUGCCUUAUGAAAACGGUGAACAGCGUGGAUGGCCAUGGGUAGAUCCAGAAGAGCCAAGUACAAUGCUUUAA